AUGGCUCAAAGUAACCGUAUGGUCUUAGAAGCCUUGCAUGCAUGUGGUGCUGCUGACGCCUUGAGAAAUCAUAAGUUACCCAGAGAUAUACGCAACGAAUACGAACUUGCUUACAACGGCCAUGAUAUCAGGGGACGCAAGCUAAUCUUGAAAGCUUACAAAGCGCAUUUGGAGAAAAAAGCUGCUGGCGAGCAUUAUGAUGUGUUACCUCUAUAUUAUGCUGUUUUUCUCAUACAUGCAUCUGGUGUAGGUUUUCUGUUGCUAUCUGUCAACCAAAGAUUUCUGCUAAAGGGUGUGCUUGAACAGGCUUGCGUGCGAGGGAAAGAGGAUAUUGGAGCUGCAAUGAUUGCAUUCAAGCAGCUCAACACACUCACUGAUGAAUUUCCGCUCAAGAUUGAACUGGUCCCUGAAUCUGGAGAGGAUUGGACCGUCCGUAUGCUCCUUCGGAACUCCACUGAUACAGGCAUGAUCAUAAGCCACUCUCACUUUCCCCUCGGAAAAACAAGAGAGGAGUACGAUAGGAUCAAAAUCUCCUCUUAA